AUGACGUCUUCUAAUGUUGAUCCCUCGACAGCUCCAUCCUUUAAUGACAGAAAUGCCAUUGCAAAUAGAACACAUGAAAGAAAACAUAGUACUGAGAGUGCUAUCUUGGAAGAAGUGAUCAAAAAUGAACUUUCAAGACAGGAUUCAAAUGAUAAGACCACCGUUAAAAUAGUUGGUUUAGAUCUCAAAAUUUUAACCGAAGAGUCAAUAUUACUGUUUGAAGAGGCUACUAGGCUUUCGCUCAGGAAGAAUAAACUUAGUGGUUUGCCCACUAAUUUCAGCAUGUUGCAAAAUCUUAGAUAUCUGGACCUAAACUCGAAUCGUUUCUGCGAAAUUCCCCCAAUUUUAUUCGAAUGUUUACAAUUAGAAAUACUGGACUUAUCUUCAAACAAUAUACGAGAAAUUCCUAAGGACAUUCCGUCACUUUGGAGCAAGAAUUUGAAAAUCUUGUCAUUAAAGAAUAACAGGGUUUCAUCUAUCUAUGAUCUGAGGAAUAUAUUGAAAUUAGACAAUUUAAACGUUUUAGAGAUAGAAGGAAAUUAUAUUCCGAAGGAAGAGUUGGAGCUGAUUGAAACAUAUUCACCUAAUUUAACAGGAUUGGCAAGUGAUGAAUAUUGGACUAUUGCCCUGAGAAGAUAUUUUGAAGACCAUCCAGAAGGUUCAAACACAAAUAAAAUAUCAAAAGCAUCGAAGAGAAUGGGAUUUAUUAAUACGGCAAAUGAUGACUCCAGAUCUAGCAGUAACAGCACAAGUGCUUCGGAAGGCGAGCCUGUAAGUUCUGUCACGCCCCUGAAAACUGAAGGUAGUCAUAACCACAAUGCAUCUAAUGAUUUGUAUAACCAUUCCAAGUACAACGAUUAUUUCAAAAGGCUAUCUAUCCUACCAGAAGAGGUGGUCCCUGAUGAAAAACAUAGAAUUUCCCAUACAGAGCUAGUGGUUGCGUGCAGAAAAUUAUUAUUUAGUUUCACUGAAUGUCAAGAAGCUAUAAGAAAAAUUGCAUCUUUCUGUAAGGACAAAUCAGUCGCUGUAAAUAUUGUCUCAUUACUUUAUUCUGUUAGAUCUCAUAUCGAUAAUCUGGUGGAAAUUCUUCAGCAAGCUGAAAAUGAAGAGAAUUUCCAUGAUCAGCCAUUAAUUAAAUUAUGCAUUACGAUAAUCGGAUCUUUUAAACAAAUUAUUUCUUUUCUCAGAAAAAACUUCAAAACCUUUUUCGAAGAAGACGAUUUAUGUUUCCUUAGAAUGUUUUACAUGACCUUAUUAUGUUCUUACAAUGAAAUUUAUAACGCAUGGAGUUAUAUAAGCUCAGAACUUCCUCCAAAAAGCAAUAAUAGUGGUAAGAUAAUACGGACACAAACAAGAAAAAGAAGCGAAUCAUUUGUUGUUGGUAACGAACACUCACAUGAAGUAAAUAAUGUUAUUUCUGAGGUCCCCCAUACAAAUAGUAGCUCAAUUAUGCAUAAAAUAAGAACAAAGAGUGUUACUCUUCAAAACAGUCACCUGCUACAGACGGCAUCUAGUGUCAGUUCCAACAAUGAAAAGAGUGCAAAUAUGCGAAGCUUGGGUUCUUCAGUGUUGCCCGGCACUAUUACCUCAUCAACUGCGAAUAAAGCUUCAAAUUUAGCUGGAGCAGAUGAUGUGAAUGGAGAUAUAAGCAAUAUAUCUAAUCACUCGUCGUCAUCAUCAGUGAUCAUAUCACAAAUGAUACUUCCUACGGAACGCCAAGGGGAAACUGGUAAGCAAAAAUCUGAAGUUAUUAUAGAACGAACGAACGCGUCACCCAGUUCCGUCUCGGCCAAUUCAUCGAAUAAUUCAUCAAGAUCCAUUUCUGUAAAUGCUACAAAUGCAAAUAACAACCCGGUUUCAAGCCUCAAUAAUAAUACUGGGGCGUCGCCAUCUGCAUCUUCUCCAGCUUCUUCUUCAAAGGUGUCUACAAAUGUGACUACAGUAAAUACAUCUGCUAAUGCGAGUGUGCCAAUCGCUGCAAGUGUAAAUAGCUCUAGCUCGGUGGUGACUUCAGAACAGGACAGCAAAUCGACAAUUUCGAGUGAAGCACAACAAAACAUUGAUUUACAGUUGCACCAAAUGUUGAGUAAUGUUGUCAAAAUGGUGAGCGUUGUCUAUAACCAGUUAACGAGUGCAAUAUCAAAGACUGCAUUGGCAAGUACCAUUGGGAAGCAGGUUUUAACUGACUCGUUGGCGUCGAAAAUUCGUGAUUUGACAGACACAUGUUGUCAAGCAAUGGAUUUGUCGAAAAUUCUGGAUGAAAGAUUACAGUUGCUAUUAAAUAAUGAUCCUUUAAUAGUAGAAAAAUACCUAAGUACAGUGGAGAAAUUAAAAACCUGGGAAAAGAUAAAUGCAUUUCUAAAAUCGAUCAUCUCUAUUUUGGGCAAUACUAAAGUGAUAAUGGCAGAUUUACCGAAUUUAAACGAAAUACGACCAAAUUUAGCCUCAUUGGCUAAAAUAACUAAGGACGUGACUGUUAUUUUAGAUUCGAGUUCAUACAAAAGUGUUUCUGUUACAGCAUCACAAAUUCAGAAACAGCAACACUUACAGCAAAUGCAGUUGCAACAGCAGCAACAGGUGCAUACACAUCAACAGCAAAUUAACAGUCACACACAUGUACCUCUAUUAACACCGCAACCUCUAUCUGGUAAUAUCAACCCAUUUGAGCAAUUAUAG